UCGAUGCAAUGCAUAUUUUGUAAUGUGAAUGUUUUGGACUUUCGGCCGUUGUGAUAUCAGAUAUGAGUACCAUACAUUUUGGUAUGCCAGUCAAUGGGACUAUAUAUUUGAGUUACCAUACCCUGGUAAAACAUUUACCGUAUCCAGCAGUGAAUGACCUUUGUAAGGGUUUUUGUCAAGUUUAGGAAUCCAGUAUAGAUAGAUAAAAUCACCAUGUCGAUAACGAUCAUCACCGAGAUGUUUCUGCCUAUUAUAGUUGUUUUACCCAGUCUUCGUAAUGGAUUAACAUCCAAUGAAAACGGCACAUUAUCAAAGCCAGCCUACAUGGGUUUACAGUGGUUACAACAUUACAUCGUGUUUUCGGAGCUGAAGACUUGGUUGGAGGCGAGAGACGUUUGUAGAUCUGUUAAUGGUGUUCUACAGUUUUACAAAUGGAAUAGUGUGAACUGGUAUAUAAAGACAAAGGCGGGAAGAGCUGGCUGGCCAACUAACCAUGAUAUUUGGUUGGGUAUGACAAAAGACAAGAACAGUGAAAUAUGGUACACGGUCAGAAGCACUAAAUGUAUAGAACGAAACUUCACAAUUUCCGGACAUAAUCACUCUGAAAGACAGUGUGCCAUCCUGAACAUGUCCGUGAGCUCCCACGCUGACACAGACAACAUGAUUUAUGCUGAUUCAUGUGAUGCACAGCUGUUGGGAUUCGCGUGUCUGGUUCCUAAAGGACGAAUACCAAAAGAUGUGGAUGUUUAUCCCAUGUCGAAAGUGGUAGAGAAAGGAUAUAAAAGAAAGCGCUGGAAUGUAUCAUCGGAGGAAGAAUGUGCCAUCAAUUCGUUUUCUGUCUUUCACUGUUAUGCUGCCACUUAUUUUCCGGAAGAUGAAUAUUGUGUUGCUGAGUGUACACAGAUGACCAGUAUUCCGGAAACGGUUAUCCUAGUCAACUCUUCUAUCAACUCCACAGUUCUCCUCCGUACCCACAAUAAAGUUUCUAUCAAUCACAUUGUGUCAACUAAGUCAUCUACCAUCUCGGAUCAAUAUCCCUGUGUGUACGAAAGCACUACUACCAACACACCAAUAGUAUUCUCGACUAUCGACACGACGACUACAGGGGUGAAAAAAGUUACAAAUCACACAGCAAAUACACCGAUGUUUUACAACACAACCACAGACAAUCCUUCCCAAUGUCACUGUAUUUGUUCAACUAAUUCAGGGAAUAUCACAACGGAAGCGUUAAAUCAGAAAAUUAGCGAGAUCAAGAGAACACUGACCGUUAACAAAACCUCCCUAUCAUCAACAGUACGGAAGAAAACGUCGGCACCAGACAGUAGAACAUCCUCUGCAGGCAUGGGAGUUCUAGGAAUCUGUCUGAUAAUCAUACUGAUCACAGCGUUAGUAGCUAGUGACUUGUUCUGCUUCAUCUCCUUUCUUAAAUCUUUAAUAUAAUGAUUAUUUGACCUGGGAACAUUAUAGAUGCACUUCAUAGCGGAUUUUACUCUUUUAUGGUUACAUUGAAUACUAGUAUUCCUAAAUGUAUGAUAGGAGCAAUGGACAUAGUUUUAUUGGGGGGAAUAGAAACUCGGUUCGCGAAGUUUACAACAAAAGAGGAACUGCGAAAAUGGAUUUUGAGCGCCAAAUUCAAUGCAAAGAUGAGAUGAAUAUACGUUAAGGGUUUUAUUGAGUAAUUGUAUUAAAGGACUCUGACUCUUUUUAUAGAUAAUUAAGUUUUCUUAAUUCUGUUUCUGUAUGUUAUUGUUGUACUUGUGUUAAGCGCUUUAGAGUUUAGAUAGGGCGCUGUAUGUACGUUUAUCAUUAUUAUAAGAUUACGAAGUAAUAUGAAAACGCCAAUGAGAAUACUGCUCCCAAACGUGGCUCUGGUCGACAUUGAAAAGUAUUUACAUACAGUUGAUAUGAUCCUUGGGAACGACAAGAUAUGUAUGGCCUAAACUUGUAGGUUCUGGUUUAAUUUACUUCAUUUAUUAAGCUGUACAUUUAUUAAGUCAUACAUUUAAGGAUAGACGCACUAAUUCCUUUUAUAUAUAAUGUACUUCAUAUUGUUUUCUUCGGCGAAAAAAUCAACCACCAUAAUAGGAGAACAAUCAUUGUAUUUUGUGUUUAAGUAUGCUUACAGAACUAAAAUCAUUUACGACAUGCACAUUGUAUUUCUGGAUUGGUUUCAUAUUCUAAUGGGGAUCCGGGUUAGAGUAUAUCCUCAAUACCCUUUGCUUGUCAUAAGAGGCGACUUUAUUGGGGCUGUCCUUUGGAUGGGAUCGCAAAAACCGAGGUUCCGUGUCACAGCAGGAGUAGCACGAUAAAGAUACAUCUCUGCUCAAAGACCGUAAGCGCCGAGCAUAGUCCUAAAUUUUGCAGCCCUUCACCUGCACGUAUCCAUAUGAGUGAAAGAUUUUCAAGAGGGACGUUAAACAUUAUACAACCAACCAACCAAUCAUCUCAAAUGAAGAUGGUCAAUAUUUCUUUUACGAUGUGUCUUUUUUCAUUUUGUAAACUGAGAACUGUAUUACUAAUAUUAAACUUUCAAAAAUAUGUGUGUGAAAUCAACGCAAUAAUGUGGUAGUACAAAUCUAUUCUUAUAUAUUUCUUAUGUAUUUUAUCGUUUUCGGAUGAUUAUUAUUUAAGUAUCGUAAAUAUUUAAUAUCCUAAAUUUUCUAAAAAGAUUCAAUUGGAUUUCUACUGGACUUAGUUGAUUUUCUUAUGCACAUUGGAUUGAGUUGAUUUUUGCAACAUUGUAAUUUAUUUAGUACUAUCCAGUAAUCCUGAUUUACUUUUAAGUAUACACUGCAAGUUAUCGUUCAAACAGAACAGUGUACAUUUUCAUUUUAUUGAAGAUCUCUGCAGCCUGCAUCAGCUGUAUCUUAUAUGUAAAGAAUCAUGUGUAUUAAUGUCUUACUUUACUACAAUAUGUUUGUGUAUGCCACAUAUUUUUAAUUAUAAUGUUUAUACUUUAUUGUAUUUUAGCUGUUAAAGUAUGUUUUCAGAAUUUGUAAGAUCAAAGUUCAACUUUUUUUUUAUGAUUAUGAUUGUAUGUUGUAAACGGUAUGAAGUUUUAAAAAAUGUACAAUUGUAUAUUUUGUCUUAUUCAUCUCAAUCGUUUUGUUUUUAGGUAAAUGUCCUAAAAUUUUCCA